UAUUGGUAUUUUAAAACAAAAUUAUGUUUACUUAUAUUAGCAAUAAUAGACUAUCAUAAUGCAGAAAUGUUAGAAAGAAAAUCAAGGCCGAAUAUAAUUUUUAUUUUAGCAGAUGAUCUAGGUUUUAAUGAUUUAGGAUUUCAUGGUUCAUCACAAAUUCCCACACCAAAUAUUGAUGCAUUAGCAUAUUCUGGUUUAAUAUUAAAUCGUUACUAUGUAACACCAAUUUGUACACCAUCAAGAUCUGCUCUUAUGACAGGAAAAUAUCCAAUUCACACUGGUAUGCAGCAUGGUGUAAUUUACGGUGCUGAACCGAGAGGAUUACCUUUAACAGAGAAAAUUUUACCGGAAUAUUUAAAUCAAUUAGGUUAUUCAUCUCAUAUUUCUGGGAAAUGGCAUCUUGGACAUUAUAAAUCAGUAUAUUUACCUUUGAAAAGAGGUUUCAAAACACAUGUUGGUUUUUGGACUGGCCAUCAUGAUUAUUUUGAUCAUACAGCUGUCGAAAAUCCUCAUUGGGGUCUUGACAUGAGAGAUGGUUAUCAAAUUGGUUAUGAAUAUCAUGGAAAAUAUACGACAGAUGUUGUAACGGAUGAAGCUGUUCGUGUUAUUAAAGCUCAUAAUUCUACAAAACCAUUAUUUUUGUACGUUGCUCAUGCAGCUGUUCAUUCUGGUAAUCCAUAUAAUCCUUUACCGGCACCGGAUCAAACAGUUGCAAAAUUAAAACACAUACCUGAUUUUAAAAGAAGAAAAUAUGCAGCAAUGCUAUCGAAAUUGGAUGAUUCAGUUGGAGAAAUAAUAAAUACUUUGUCAGAGCAAAAUAUGUUAAAAAAUUCUAUAAUUGUCUUUAGUACUGAUAACGGUGGACCUGCACAAGGAUUUAAUUUAAACUAUGCCUCAAAUUGGCCAUUAAGGGGAGUUAAAAAUACAUUGUGGGAAGGUGGAGUUCGUGGUGCGGGAUUAAUAUGGUCGCCAUUAAUUGAAAAAUCUAAACGUGUUUCAGAUCAAAUAAUGCAUAUUGUUGACUGGGUGCCAACAUUUUUGGAUGCUGCUGGAUUUUACGAGUUUAAAAAUUUAACACAACCUUCAUUGGAUGGAAUUAGCGUUUGGAGUGAAUUAUCACGUGAUUUAAAGUCAAAACGAAAAGAUAUUUUACAUAAUAUUGACGAUAUUUGGGGUAGUGCUGCUUACACAGCUGAUGAUUGGAAAGUUGUAGUUGGUACAAAUUAUGAUGGACAAUGGGAUGGUUGGUAUGGUCCGUCGGGUAAUCGUGACGAUCUAGAUUAUAAUAUAAAUGAAAUUUAUAAAUCAUUAAGUGGUAGGGCAAUAAAUAAAUUACAUAUGAUGCCUACAAUGGAUGAAAUAAAAUCUUUAAGAAAAAAUGCACAAGUUGAUUGUUCAACAGUCAAUCGGUCCUAUUUAAGAAAAGGAACUGUUUGUGAACCAUUAAGUUCACCCUGUUUAUUUAAUAUUAAAGAUGAUCCAUGUGAACAAUAUAAUUUAGCAGAAAUUUUUCCUAGUAUAUUAAAAAGUCUUUUAAAAGAUAUUGAAAGAUAUAAUGCAACAGCUAUACCACCAAAUAAUAAACCACGUGAUCCAAAAGGUGAUCCAAGACUUUGGGACAAUACAUGGACUAAUUUUGGUGAUUAUGAAUUUCCACAAUCUGAGAAAAUUAUAUAAAAUUAGUAUUAGGAUUAAGAGAUCUUGUUUUAAAUUUUGUUAAUUAUAUAAUAAUUUAGAAUGUAAAUGAAAUUAAUAUAUGCAAAAACA